AUGGAGAAUGUACGGCUGGAGGAGUCGAUGGCUCAGUUGGUGCGAAGAAGGGAUCAUUUAUUAGCGUUAAACGCGAGAUUAUCGCUCUCGCUAAGUGCUGGGAACGGCGCAAAUACGUCGAGUACAUCUUUUAACAGCACAAGGUGCGUUGCUUUACUUUAG